GGUUCAUUAACAAGCAUGGGAAACAGUGUUUAAACCCUUUACAAUGAAGAUCUUUGAAGUUAUUUGGAUUUUUACGAAUUAUCUUUGAAAGACAGAGUCCUGAAAAGAGGGAUGUUUCUUUUUUUCCUGAGUUUAUAAACUAAUUUGCCUGGCAAGAACAUUCUUUGUCAUAUUAUUGAAUUGCAUCUGCAUCAGAGAUUGUAGAGAUGGUGAUUGACCAAAAUGAGUGGUCUUUUUUAAAGCUCUGAGAGGAAACUUUUCUCAGUUUAAACAUACCACUUUUUUUCUCUGCUGUUAGAAAUUGUGCUUCACCAUGUAAGUGCACUUGUGCUGUAGCUCUCGUACCUUAAUUUAUUCCUCUUUUUGUAAGAGCAUCCUUGUUAUUCGCACUGUAUUUAAGUGUAUUGUAGAUGUUAAAAAAAACUGCUCUAGAUAGUCACCAUACCAAUUUUGUAUCUUGUAUGUACAUUGAACAUCAUUACUUUUUAAAGGAUAUGUAGGCUAGUAUGCCAGUAGUAAUUUUGUACAAUGUAGUAAAUUCUGUAAGUGAAUUUUUCCAUUUAAGAUCUCUGGUCUUUGAGAAAAUGUUUAUCUUCCUGUACAUGCAGUAUUACCAUGAAUUAUAUGUCCAUCGGCAUCGAUUCAUUGAUUUCCUAUAGAGCCUUUCCAGAAGAAUCACCUCUUCCACCACCAAUGUGUAGCACCCACUUGGGGGGGGGGGGGUGCAUGGUCAGCAACCAUUUCUGCCAGAACGCUCACCACACAUCAGCUAUCGGGUGGAGAGAUUAAUCUAUGACAAUGAGGAAUUGAAGCGGUUUGUUGGGGCUGCGGGAGCUGUAAAUUCUGCGUUUAUAUAUUCUAACGCUAGAUGGCAACAUUAGGUGAGGUUGGACCGAACUACUUUAUCGUCAAGCUUGCGCAACCUGUCUGGUUUAACCCCUUAAAUCCAAUCCCAUAGGUCAAACGUAUUAUCUUUAAAAAAAUAUAUAUAUAUAUGUUGAAGCCUAUGAACUUUGACAUCACAUUGUGUAGUAGGCUAGGAUGGAAGUCAUAUUUAUUAAGUCAACAAUGACACCAGGAUGAUACUGAUCACUUUUCCCAGAAGGAAGUGUUCAUUUUGAAUGUAACAGGCACCAGUUGGUCACAAAUUUUUCCAUGUACAGUACUGAAUGUAAUGUAGUCCCUGCAGUAAAGUCGGCCUCUGCCUAUUGCUCCGUUCAAAACCACUGGGAACUCGAACAAUGCGAGGUCAAAUCAUGACGUCAGUGAUCUUCAGGUCGGAAAGUCGGAGCUCUAGAAAGAGGCCCGAGUUCGCAAGAUCAAAUCGAUAUUUUUCCCCAGACGUGUUUUGAACACACUGAAGUAGGAAGUCGAGAUUUCCCAGUUGCUUUGAACGUGGCAUUACCCCCAGAAUAGUUUACCAACAUCGGGGAUAAUCGACUAGAUACAGCUGCGUACCGAUUUCAGGGGGCCGGAACAUAUUUUAAAAUAAUUGAUAGACUGCAAAUUGACCCCAAUAAGCCCAAACAUAUACAUUAGCCUAAAACCUAAUAAUUUUAAACCUUGCUGACAUUUGUAUGCUUAGUUUUGGAAUUGUUAGUUAGAUUACUUGUUGGUUAUCACUGCAUUGUCGGAACUAGAAGCACAAGCAUUUCGCUACACUCGCAUUAACAUCUGCUAACCAUGUGUAUGUGACAAAUAAAAUUUGAUUUGAUUUGAAUACUUUGGAACAUAUUUCCCAAAUUAAAAUGAAUUUGAGCUGAUUUGCUGGUGUUUUAUGUCCCCCCAAAAUAAAAUAAUAUAUAGUUGUUUUGCUCAGAACGUGGGGCGUAAAAUCAAAUCACCUGAGUUGUGUUGGGGAACCCUGGUUUACAUUCUGGUUAAUGGUCCCUUAGCUCUCUCACGCACUCUCUGUUGGUGUCAGUCAAGAGAACGCACGCUCGAGACCCAGCAGUACACUGGUGGCUCUACUCUGGCUCAGUAUGUUUCGCUUGCGCAUGGUUGGUUGGAGUUGCCAAGAAUGUCCUCGUAGUGUACGCAAGGUUUUUGGACUCUAAUGGAAUUGUCAAGACUCUAUGUUGGUUGCAUAUUUAUUUAAAUGAUAGCGAAUCUAUUUCGUAAAGAAAGCUGGCGGGAUAGGUUACUCCGAAAGCAAAACUCCCGACGACCCGAACCAAGUGUACCUCUUCCGAGUUUUUGCGCAAGGUGAUAGUGACAGUGACGACAGUUGAGCUGCCUUCAUAGUUGGCUGAGAGGAACGAGUCGAAUGCUUAUGGAUUACAACUCUGUGAUUCUAUGACAGGGCCGUCUCUUAGUGGAUACAUUAGGGAGGAGAAUUGUGACGCUUUUAUAGUCUGUUUCAUCUUAACGCUUCUCCAACUUCUUGCAAUUGGAUAGUCGUUUUUAAAGAAGACCAUGGCAUCGGAUACCACACCAGUGUUUUCGAAACAGGUGCUCCUGUGGCUGGUUGUAGUGUGCCAGUCUGUGUCGGUGAUGGCGUGCAGCGGGACCUAUGAGUACGUCAUCGAGGAGUUCUGUCUGGGGAAAUUCAGACUGGACAUGGAGGAACUGGACCAGCAUCGCUGGUGCAUCUGGGAGGACACAGUGGAACCUUACGGUGAGCUCACCAACUGCACCUACCUGAUCGCCCUGAAGAUGGACUGUUUCUGGCCCAACCGGCUGGUGGACGAGUUCUUCAUCCGCAUCCACAAGCACUACUUCCACGACUGCUCCCUGUCGGGACGGCUGCUGCGUGAUCCACCCAACCGUAUCCUUGGGCCAUUCAUCGUGGUGCCCAUCCUUGUCACGUUGCUCAUGACUGCCCUAGUGGUGUGGAGGAGCAAGCGCAGUGAAGGCAUGGUGUAGCCGGGUCCAACCUCCAGGCCACCAGCCAGGGAGAAGAGGUCUAGAGGAGGCCCCCUUCACCUCCACCUCCAACCAUGACAGACUCAGAUACACAUAACACUGCUGCUACCUACUACAGAACAGACAUCAUGGACCAGGUGAGGGACUGGGAGGCCUGUCUAAGCCUGUCUCAAGGAUAACAUUAUAGAGCAUCUCUGGUCCUAUCAGUCUGUUUGAUAGGAGGCGGAGCUAGAGGCACAGGAUAUAGGAAUGUACACGGACUACAAGAUGAGAGUUCAUAUAACUACAGUAAUUAUACCCUGCAGACGGACUGGUUUAAAAAUGGAAGAGUGAUUCCAUUGCCCUUUAUCUACUAAAUCCAAUCUGGCUGGAGAAUCACAAGCUGUUUGCCAUGAAGGACAGAUGGUGUCUGAUUGGUUUGAAGGACUUCCUGGACACAUUAGGUAAUUUCCUGUGCAGUGAGUUGAGACACUUUGGCACAGCUCCUGGAGUGGACUUUUUACAGUCAGUCACUGAUUGGUUGAUGUAAAGCAUCGUCCUAUCAUCUCUGUGCUUUAUGGAUGUUGUCUGUGCACUCUGUACUCUCCUCAAACACUGUUUGGUCCCCCCUGUUCCUGUCCUUGCCUGUCAGAACCAACAAAUUUCUGCACUCCACACUUCAAGUCCUUACUUUGUGUACUGUGCCAAAGUACCUGUCAGUAACAAAAAUAAUUACAAAAAUAUUCAAAUCAAAUGUGUCCAUGAAUAGAAAGUGAAUAUGAAAAAGAUAAUAUUAUUUUAUGAUGUGUGCGAGACUGAGGUACAACAUACUGUGCAAAUGAUGGAUUAAUAGCCUACUGUUGGUAUUUCAUAAUGACUGUGUUCAAUAAACUUGGAUU